CUUCAGAGGCGAGUCAAUUUUUUUGAUUUUUGGGUUCUUAAACCGAAAAUCACUGGGAAAAUCUAGGCGUGGGGAAUACGAGGAGGAGAAUAAAGAGUUUGGUAAGGACGGCAGUAAUGACAGUGGGGGCAGGUUUGGUGGAGGAACUUGUGGUGGCGGGUUUGGAGGAGGAGAAGAAAGGGUUUGGUAAGGGCAGCGAUAUUGGCGGUGAAGCCGGGGAUGGGGGCGAGUUUGGUGGAGGAGCUGGUGGGGACAGAGGGUUAGGCGACAGUGGCAGGUUAGGAGGUGGGGGUGGAGAUGGCGGUUGUGGCUGGGUGAUGGCCUGGUGGGAUAGGUAAAGGAUAGAGAAAUCGGUGGGGGAUUGAGAAUGGUAGAGCGGCGGAGCAGAUGGUGGGAUUGGAAAAGAUGGAAGCUUAGGUAGAGGAUUUGGGGGCAGUGCUAGGGGGAUUGGAAAGGUAUGGAGCAGGUGGCGGAUUACUAGAUCUAGGUGGUUAGUUUUUUUAAUAAAUUUUAAUGUGACAA